UGAGAACACACAUAAUACCAUUCAGCUAGUCUCAUCAACUAGUCAAUAUUCUACCACGUACCACUCUGUGUACACCGUUUACCUUUAAUUUCUUCGAACCACCUUGACUUCAUUACCAUUUCCUGCCAACCGUACGUACGUUAUCUACUAAAAAAAAGCCGGCCACAACAAUGAAAGGCGUCAUCAUAGUUCAACCAACUGUUAGUGGUGCACUUACCAGUGUGACCGUGGAUCUUGUUGGAACUGUGGUUGAUAGUGUUUCUGGUUUUUUUGGAAAAUCCUUCUUGUUGGAGCUUGUAGCUGUCGAUCUUGAUUCGUCAGGCAAAGAAAAGGAGACUGUGAAGGCGUAUGCAAGUUCUGAAGGGUUAGUUGAUGAUGAUGAUGGGAAUAAGGUGAACAAGUACUCAUUUGAAUUUGAGGUUCCUGAUGAAUUUGGAAAAAUAGGUGCGAUUUUGGUAGAGAAUGAGCUUCACAAAGAGGUGUACAUCAAGAAUAUUGUUCUUGGUGACGGCGAUGUCACUUUUACUUGUGAAUCUUGGGUCCAUUCCAAGUUUGACAACCCUGAUAAAAGAAUCUUUUUUAGCAACAAGUCUUAUCUGCCAUCAGAAACACCACAGGGGCUGAAAUCGCUUAGACAAAAAGAUCUCGAGUCUCUUAGAGGAAAUGGUGAAGGAGAGCGCAAAUCAUAUGAGAGGAUUUACGAUUACGACACAUAUAAUGAUAUUGGUGAUCCAGACGCUAACUCGGAUCUGGCUCGGCCAGUGCUUGGUGGAAAGAAACAUCCUUACCCUAGGCGUUGCCGAACUGGUCGCAAAAUGUCCUCCACUGAACCUUGGACGGAGUCAAGAACUACUCUCCCUUUCUAUGUGCCAAGAGAUGAAGAUUUCUCUGAGAUAAAGCAGGUAUCAUUCGGAGCGAGGACAUUGUACUCUGUAUUGCAUGGAGUUUUACCAAUGCUAGACUCGGCGUUGAAGGAUAAGGACAAAGGGUUCUCAGUAUUCAGAGAUAUCGAGUCACUUUAUGUAGAAGGGGUUGAUAUUGAUCCGCCUUCUAGCAAUGGGUUUCUAAGCGUAUUACCAAGAUUUAUCAAAACUGUUACAAGUACUACGAAAACUGUAUUGCAGUUCGAGACUCCUCGAAUCAAAGACAGGGACUCUUUUUCUUGGUUUCGUGAUGAAGAAUUUUGUCGACAAACACUUGCUGGUGUUAAUCCAUAUAGCAUUCAGUUGGUCACGCAAUGGCCGUUGAAAAGCAAACUAGACCCUGAAGUUUACGGACCAGCUGAAUCAGCAAUUACCAAAGAAAUUGUAGAGCAAGAGAUAAGAGGUUUCAUGACUCUUGAGGAGGCGUUGGAACAAAAGAAACUAUUCAUGUUGGAUUACCAUGAUCUAUUAUUACCAUAUGUUAAUAAAGUAAGAGAGAUUGAAGGGACACCCCUUUAUGGUUCAAGGACAUUGAUGUUCCUCACACCUACAGGAACAUUGAGACCAUUAGCCAUUGAGUUGACUCGUCCACCAAACGAUGUGAAACCACAAUGGAAGCACGUGUACGUCCCAUGUUGGGAUGCCACAGGCGCCUGGCUCUGGAAGCUAGCCAAGGCUCAUGUCCUGGCUCAUGAUUCUGGCUAUCACCAGCUUGUCAGCCACUGGCUAAGAACUCACUGUGUCACUGAGCCUUACAUUAUUGCUACCAACCGUCAUCUUAGCAAAAUGCACCCUAUUCAGAGAUUAUUGUGUCCUCAUCUUCGAUACACAAUGGAGAUUAACGGUCUAGCCCGGCUGGCCCUCAUUAACGCGGGUGGUAUUAUUGAGACAGCUUUCUCUCCUGGAAAGUAUUCAAUGCAACUUUCCUCGGAUGCAUAUGAUCAACAAUGGCGCUUUGAUCAUGAGGCCCUUCCAUCUGACCUGAUUAGCAGGGGAAUGGCUGUUGAAGAUGAAAAUGCACCACAUGGUGUAAAACUAACUAUUGAGGACUACCCAUUUGCCAAUGAUGGUUUACUUCUUUGGGAUGCCAUCAAACAAUGGUCUACAUCAUAUGUCAACCACUACUACUCACAACCAAACCUUGUAGAAUCUGAUGAAGAACUUCAAGCAUGGUGGACCGAAAUUCGAACUGUUGGGCAUGGAGACAAGAAGGAUGAACCAUGGUGGCCGCAACUCAAAACGCAGCAAGAUUUGAUUGGAGUCGUCUCAACUAUCAUGUGGGUUUGUUCUGGCCAUCAUUCAGCAGUCAACUUCGGCCAAUAUGAUUUUGCUGGAUUUUUUCCCAACAUGCCUACCAUUGCAAGAACUAAAAUGCCUGACGAAGAUCCAACUGAUGAAGAAUGGCAAGAAUUCAUAAAGAAACCCGAGGAUGUGUUAUUGAAUUGCUUCCCUACUCAGGUUCAAGCUACAAAGGUGAUGUCAAUUUUGGAUGUUUUAUCAAGUCAUUCACUUGAUGAAGAGUACAUUGGUGCCAAUAUGGAGGCGGCAUGGGAGGCAGAACCAGCUAUAAAAUUUGCAUUUGAAGAGUUCAGCGGAAAACUCAAGGAGCUUGAAGGUAUCAUAGAUUCAAGGAACCAAGAUCCAAAUUUGAGGAAUAGAACUGGUGCAGGGCUGGUGUACUAUCAACUUCUCAAACCAUUUUCUGGACCAGGGGUGACUGGUAAAGGUGUUCCAUAUAGCAUCUCCAUCUAAUUAGUUUAAUUCGAGUUUAAUAUAAAACAAUCCCUAAUUAAGUACUAGUAAUAUAUGAAGAAUGUAAUCAAUCAACUCUUAUUUAUCGGAUGUUUGUUUAAGUACUCUACUAAUAAUUGUAGACUUUGAUGUUUGUUAUUAA